CUAAACGAUGUCGAUUGUUAGCACGAUCUACCCGGACCCCCGCCGGUCGCUGGCCCGCGAGUCUGCACGAUGCCGCCGGUCGCCGCUGCCCCGCCGAUCAUUGGAACCUUGGGACGUCGUCGACGACCGGUGCGAGCCAUCGGUCUUCGAGCUGACGCGUCUCGAACCCCUACGUAAAGCCCCAGCAAACGCAGACUCCCGCCUAUCGGGAUUCGGCUUACUUCCAGGGUCACCGUCAAUCGCUCGACGCCAUCUUUAUCCGCGCCCAUCCUUCUAGCUAGUGCCGUGAAUCCCGAAGCGUCCGCGAAGAGGACUGCUCCUCUUCUUUCUGUUGUAGGUCUGACACAUCUCCUGAUGUCGCUCCGCGCGCUCUCGGGCACGAAUGACCCUACAACUUUUGCGGCGAUUUUCAGUUGACUCGCGUCGGCCCGUCGUAGUUUCUGUGCCAAGGCCACGUGGGCCCCUAACACAACUUCGCUCAGGCCAAAGGCUUCCGGUGCCGCCGCAAACAAGUCGCCGCUCGUCUCGAUGCGUCUUAGCAAGCGCUCGGACGGCAGGCGGAGCGGGUUCCGGUCGCUACCGCUCGAGUCGCUCACUUUGAGGUCGCUCCCGUCCAUCGUCUGCUUUGUGAGGCGCCGUCUACUGGAGCUUUCCAGUGAAAGUCUUGAGCUCUGUGGCACGGCAAUUAGAUCCGCGUCGGCUCGUCGAUCUCGCGUGGUUUGGGCACUCCAAAUAAGUACCCCGGCGACCAGAGGAGGCCCGCCGCGGUGGAGCAAGACUGCCGCAGAUGCCAAAUGUGCCUGUGUUUCAGCGGGUUUUGCGCGCCGAUAAAAAACCGCCUGGACGCGUCUACUACCUUUGCCAGGCGCCUUAGAGACGUGAUCUAUCGCGCCGGCGGGGUCGAGCCGAGCCGCGAAGAGCUCGAGCUUAUGCUCUGUGAUGCGAGCUUUCAAGCCUCUGCACAAGCCCCACAAGCCAUACCAUCCAACAAAAACGCACGCCGCAGCGUCCCAUCGGUGGCCUUUCUCGGCCCAUGAAUUGUGCCCAGCCCAGACGCGCGCGUCGAGCCGCACCAGCCGCAGAGCUCGGAGGGUGUUCUUCACUCCAUACGCGCCUUUCAUACCAGCUAUCGAUCCCAACACGUCGUCCGAACGCAGGAACAUGAUGCUCGACGCCCUAGCACCGGAGUUCCGGCCCGAACACGCGGGCCUAAGUCCCGCCGACGUCAACGAGCUCGAGGAAGUAGACCUCUGCAACGAGACGCUCGCGCGGCUCGAGCUCCUCGAGCAGGAGGACUCGAUCACGCGCGGUUUGUACGAGCUCAUGGCCCAGGACUACCUCGCGGCGACGGGCGAGCUCGCGGACCCGCCGCGCCUCACGACGCUGUCAUUGGCGCCGGCGCUCGACUACGACUCGGCGUCGCCGCCGCGGAGCCCGCGGUCGACCUACCGCUCGAUGCCCUUCGCGAAGCGCGACGCCAAGGUGAAGCACCUCAUGCACAAGGAGUUCGGCCGCCGCCGCUGCUGAACAACAAUCGUCGUCGUGAUCCAACCCCUUUCGUGAAAAGUCCCUAGUAGAUAUAAAAAAUGUAAAC